CCAGGGUCAACCGCCGAGCUCUUCGGUCUCCUCGAAAAACAACACUUUUAUUCUUUAAUUAAAGUUAAAAAAUUGUGUUAACAGAAUAUUCAAAUCGAACAAGAUGUUGCAAUGUUAAAAAAUAAUUAACAAACCGUCUUUAAUCUUUAAGCAUAAUUAUUCCAGUCGUUAUCAGCAUUGUAAUAUCAUAUCAACAUAAAGGAACAGGUGGGUACUGGGUGGUAGGAUUGGUGGAAGACAGUUCAAUAUAUUAAAACAACGCCAGAAACGUUUAAAGCGAAGCGACAGCGCCAUAACUAAAAUUGCCUUGAUAACAACGGGGUGCUUUAUUUUUAGUAAAUUAACGAUGUGUAUCGAGACCGAGGGAUAACGGUAUUUCAAUUUAAACAACAUCGAAAAUUAAAGGUUAAAAGUAUCGGGAAAAAUGGAGUUCGAGGUAUCUCGCGAUGACGGCGAAGUUGCCACCAAGGAGCAGAUCGUUUCGACAACGAAAGAACUCGCAAAAGCACACUCUCGAAAUCGCAAAAAGAGGAGGAAGGUUUUCACCCAUGUUGUUGACUACCUGGACGGAAUUAUCCCCGCAGCUUAUGAGAUGCACAAGAACUACUUAAUGGACAAUCUGGUCGAAUGGAUAGAAGAGCUCACACAAUUGUUUAUCGAAGUACUAAAAUUGUUGAUUCCUUUACUGGAUCAAGGAAACCAAAAGGAUAAUCUGAAAUACGAACUUUCUACAUUUACAAAUGUCCUAGAGUCAUUCUUACUCCAUCUCCAAAAAUGGUGCUUUGACCAGAAUGAGAACUCACAAGGGAAACCAUUACUGACUUUUAUGGAUCUUACGUUCAGUUUACUAGUAAAAAUAGUAAAUUUGGCUGCAGAGACCGAUUCAUGGCGUUACGUGGACGUUAUUAAUAUCCCCAUCACUUUCAUCCUCGUCGAGUGGGGAAAAGUACCAAAAAAUCGAGCUUUGGAGAAGUUCACCAAUUGGACCAACACUACUUUCUGUUCAGUAAUUAUAUUGGAGAAACGAAUUGUACAAUGUGGAGAUUUCGCGUGUCAAUAUUUUCUGAUGAUUCUAAUCCAACAGUGGAUAACUUGGGCUGGUAAUAAGAGGGCGGAGGAUUUCUUAAGCCAAUCAUUCCCUACCGUGAGCAUGAAGACGCGAAAAUUUUUACUUGAAAGUGAAGAUUUUGAUCUCAGUGCAAGAACGUUUCUGAAUGCUGUGAAUUCUAGUACGAAAGGGCCAAGAACCAAAAUGAUAACUUCUGUUAAAUGUUUAUACUUUUUCGCUGAAAACGAACACAUAACCCCUCCUGAGGAUUGUGGUCAGCUCUGGAUAGAUUUUAGUGCCUCAAGUCGUCGAAUCCACUCCUUCUUCGCCACCCCCAACAACGCCUGGAUAAAUUUGAGCAUUGAUAUUGAGCAAAUUGAUUCAAUUUGUGUCUCUUGGCUUCGAAGAAACGAUGGCAGAAGUCAGUUUAUGACUCAAACUCAGUCUCAAGCCCUAACGCAAGACUCGGCAACCCAAAGGUCCACGGCCAGUAAUUUGGAAAUUGGUUGCCUCAUAUUUCUACACAUCCGGCUUAAGAGCUGCUUUAGUGAAAUCUCUAACGAUUUGGACGAAUUUCAAGAUAAAAAUAUACUUUCUUUGACUCUAUGUUUCCAAGAUAUUGGCGUCAUUGAGAGGGUUCUACAUCAAAUGAGCUUCCCAACUCAUGCAAAUGACCAUAAGCACUGCAGUAGGCCAGAUGAAUUAAUGAAAUUGCUGGAGAUUGCCCCGCCAAUCCAUCCUCCGUCUUAUCCAAAAUCACCAUCCCGACGACCUUCCACCCCUCGGCCCUUCUCUCGAGUUUUGUUUCCUGCGAGUCCAAUAAUUCCCGGACGACCUUCCACUCCUUUUCGAUAUUCGUUGUCUCCAGGUUCUACUUGUGCUCCAACUCCUAGUUCACUUAAGACGGCUGGUGUUCAACAACGCUACGAUAAGCAAGAUACCGAAUUGGACAUGGAUCAAGAAAUGCUGCCUGCCAGCCCAAUAAUUCCCGGAAGACCUUCAACUGCUUUUCGACAUUCGUUGUCUCCACGUUCUACUUGUCCUCCAACUCCUAGUUCAAUAAAGACGGUUGGUGUUCAACAACGCUGCGAUGAGCGAGAAGUAGAAUUGGACAUGGAUCAAGGAAUGCUGCCCGCCAGCCCAAUAAUUCCCGGAAGACCUUCAACUCCUUUUCGACACUCGUUGUCUCCAAGUUCUACUUGUCCUCCAACUCCUAGUUCGCUUAAGACGGCUGCUGUGCAACACCGCUACGAUAAGCCAGAUGCUGAAUUGGACAUGGAUCAAGGAAGGCUGCCUGCCACCCCAAUAAUUCCCGGAAGACCUUCAACUCCUUUUCGACACUCGUUGUCUCCAAGUUCUACUUGUCCUCCAACUCCUAGUUCGCUUAAGACGGCUGCUGUGCAACACCGCUACGAUAAGCCAGAUACUGAAUUGGACAUGGAUCAAGGAAGGCUGCCUGCCAGCCCAAUAAUUCCCGGAAGACCUUCAACUCCUUUUCGACACUCGUUGUCUCCAAGUUCUACUUGUCCUCCAACUCCUAGUUUGCUUAAGACGGUUGGUGUUCAACAACGCUGCGAUAAACGAGAAGUAGAAUUGGACAUAGAUCAAGAAAUGCUUCCUGCCAAUCCAUCCGGCCCAAAGUCCGGCCGACCUUCCACUCCCCAUCAAAUUUAUGGACGUUCGUUGUCUCCGAUUUCAACUUCCGGUAGUGUUAAGAUGAUUCGUGAAGAUAAUAAUGAUCAACAAAAUAUGGAGUUGGAUUUGGAACAAGACUCGGCUAACCAAAUAAUUCUUACCCGGCCUUCCACUCCCCAUUCAUUUUUUCCACUUUCAUUGUCUCCGAGUUUAACUUGUCCUCUAACUUCUGGUAGCGUUAAGCUGAGUACUGAGGAUAACAAUGCCGAGCAAGAUAUGGAAUUGAACGAGAAUCAAGAAAUAAUUUCCACCCGGCCUUCCACUCCUCAUCCAAUUAUUGGACCCUCGUCAUCCCCGAGUUCAACCGCUUUUACGGAUACUGUUCACAACCAGUAUGAUUACCAAGUAGAGUCGGACGAAGAAAUAAUGUCUGCUAGUCCAAUAAUUUGUACCCGACAGUUCACUCCUCGUCCAUCUUGUCGUUCUUCCUCGAGAUCAAGUUUACCCGUUUCUGAAAAGUAUUCCCCUGAUAAUUCCAUACCUUGUAAGACUAGUACGGAUCAAAACCAUUACGAUGAGCAAAAUAUAGAAUCGGAAGAAGAAAUAAUGUCUGCUAGCCCAAUAAUUUGUGCCCGACAGUCCACUCCUCGUCCAUUUUCUCGACUUUCUUCCUCGAGAUCAAGUUUUCCAGUUUCUGAAACGUGUUCCCCUGAUAAUUCCAAACCUGUUAAGACUAGUACGGAUCAAAACCACUGUAAUGAGCAAAAUGUAGAAUCAGAAGAAGAAAUAAUGUCUGCUAGCCCAAUAAUUUGUGCCCGACAGGCCACUCCUCGUCCAUUUUCUCGACUUUCUUCCUCGAGAUCAAGUUUUCCAGUUUCCGAAACGUGUUCCCCUGAUAAUUCCAAACCUGUUAAGACUAGUACGGAUCAAAACCACUGCAACGAGCAAAAUGUAGAAUCAGAAGAAGAAAUAUUGUCUGCUAGCCCAAUAUUUUACGCCCGACAAUCCACUUCUCGUCCUUCUUCCUUGAGGGCAAUUUUUACGGUUUCUGAAUCUAAUUCCCCUAUCACUUCCACCCCCGGAAAAACGAAUACUGUUCUAAACCAUUGCGAUGAGCAAUAUGUAGAAUCUGACCACGGAAUGCCAGACAGUCCCGUAAUUUCUACCAGGAAUUCCACUCCUCAUCCGUUUUUUCGACUUUCGUUAUCUCCAAUUUCACUUCCCCGACGGUCGUUGUCUCCAAUUCCAACUCCUCCACGGUCGUUAUCUCCAAUUGCAACCCCUCGACGGUCGUUAUUUCCAAUUGCAACCCCUCGACCUCGACGGUCGUUAUCUCCAAUUGCAAUUCCUCGGAGGUCAGUAAUCUAUUUGGAUCGUAGCUCACCACCACCAUUGACACAAUUUGUGGACCCGUAUGAUAUCACUCAAGAUGUGGACUUUUUCAAAGAGAAAAAGUUGAAAAAGUAUUCUCGAAAGAAGAAAUCAGCACCUGCCCGUCGUGCGCCAAGUAGAGCUCCCCGCUGUCAUGAGAUAACUGCAUCUGACGAAGAACUGGACAGAUUAAUUGCAGACCUUCCUGAAGAAGUUCCUACGGCCAAGAAAAACAAAUCUCGUCGAGCCAAGAAAGAAACCAAAACAGGUACAAAUCUUUUACCAAAAGUUAAAUUGCCCAGGAAGAAACCUACAGUCACGAAACCGAUAAAACCACCAAAAAAUAAGUCGCCGACUAGUAAACAACGUAAACCAAGACGUACCAAAAAGAACCAGUCUCCACUUGAAGAAAGCGUUCCAAAAAGUAGAACCCCACUAGAAGAAAGUGACCCAAAAAGGAGAAGCCCACUCGAAGAAAGCGACCCAAAAAGGAGAAGCCCACUCGAAGAAAGUGACCCAAAAAGUACAAGCCUAUUCGAAGAAAACGGUCCUAAAAGGAGAAGCCCAUUCGAAGAAUGCGUCCCAAAGAGGAGAAGCCCACUCGAAGAAAGUGACCCAAAAAGUACAAGCCUAUUCGAAGAAAACGUUCCUAAAAGGAGAAGUCCAUUCGAAGAGAACAUUCCAAAACGGAAAAUGCCACCAGAGGAACGCGUUAAACAACGUAAAAGUCCAUUUCAACAACAACCUAGAAGUAAAAGUCCAUUUCAACAACAACCUAGAAGUAAAAGUCCAUUUCAACAACAACCUAGAAGUAAAAGUCCAUUUCAACAACAACCUAGAAGUAAAAGUCCGUUUCAACAACAACCUAGAAGAAGUAAAAGUCCUCACCCAUCUCUUUUAAAUAAAACCUUUGACUGGGAAAAUAUGGACUUUGAGUACGAAAAGGUUGUGGAAAGUGAGAAGAAAAAGUCGUCUGUUUUUCUCCAUGAUCAGCAAAGAGAUACGAAUAAAGGUACUCCUCCUCCUAAUUUGGAUUCAGACGACUCGUUCGAUUGGGACAAUAUGAAUAACCUGCUGGACUUUUAAUAUCUUCGAUCGCCACCACAGCCGUGAACACAGCGUCAGUGAUGUGGUACUUCGCCCACCUCACCCUUACCCAGAGAAUUAAUUUAUUCUAAUGCUUUUUUUAAAAUAAUAAUUUCAGAUAUGGAUGAUGAGUAUGUUGUGACUCAUUAUUAACUGUUUUUAAAAGCAAAUUAGUGUUUUCUCUCCAUACAGAAUAAUAAUUCCUUGUUUAUUUGUCAUAAACUCAAUAUAAAAUAAAUGAUGUACGAUAAUUAUAUACAAAAUUAAAUUGUACUGUGAGCUGUACUGUAAAAUAAUGGUAAAGCUAAACAAUAAUAGUUGUUAAUAAUGACAGGACUGAUAGUUAUUGACAAUGGUAAAAUUCACGGGGUUUAGUUUCAAGAUUUAGUUAUCUAGUGCACGGAGAUUAGUUGGGUAUAGGUACAAUAAUGGUUUCUAAUUAUUUCUAAACUUUGCGUAAGUCAUCGGUUUCAAGUUAUAUAAUAAUCAACUAGUCUAGCACAAAAGCUUUGAAAUAACAGUGUUAGAAUUAGACCAAUUUAAGAAUCAAAAGUGACAAGUAGGUAUUUAUAACAAACAUUGUCGUCGAUAUCUCCUCGUCUGGUCGGUACUUAAAUGUUGCUGCUAGCAAAUGACUAAACCUGGGUUUAUAUAAUAAGUGAAGUUGUUGAAAGAGUUUACAUUUAUGGGUUUUAGACCGUUAUUGAAUUUGUAAUUUCGAUAUUGGUUGUAACGCAAAUAUUGUAUUUUAGGUAAAUUAGGCUAAUUGUUGUCUGGUACAUAUAUUGGUAUCUGUUGUUUGGUUGGUUUAUGCUUUUAUAAUGAUGUGGCAUUUGUGUUUAUUAUUAUUCCAAAAUAUGUCUUUCCUCUGUUCUUUGCUGUUAAUGAGGAAGUUUAUAUUGGUCACACCUCAUCAUCAUCGAGCUAUAUAUAACUCUACUUUUCUUAAUAAUUAUUAACCGGAUCUAUCUAUUGUUGUCUAAACUGAGAAUUUUCCUUUUGCUCAAAAUCUCUUAUGAUGAGUUUCUCUCUGGUCGUAUUUUUUAUAUUGUAGUUGUUGUAGGGUAAUACACGUUUCAUUCAUUUAGGAACCAACUUAUAAAUUCUAAAAGUUUUUUUUACAAAAUAUGUAAAA